CAGACCAUGGAGCUAUGGGUGCAGUUGAAGCAGGCCGGACUGGAGCUCCUUGGAUUGGGUCCACCUCCCCAGGCGCUAAGGAUGCCCCCUCCAGAGGGGAACCCUGGCCAGACCCUUCUAUCCUCAGGGACAGAACUUGGGAGUGCCAGGGGGCCACUGCUGUGGAUCUGGGAGGAGCUGGGGAACCUGCGCCGAGUGGAUUUCCAACUGUUGGGACAGCUGUGUCACCUGGGACUGGAGAUGGGGGCCCUGCGGGAGGAGCUGAUCACCAUCCUGGAAGAGGAGGAAGCAGCGGAGGAGGAAGAGGAGAGCUGUGUUGAUGAAGUGGAUGAAGGGCCUCAGGGGAAGCAGGAGGAGGGACAUCCAGGGGUCCCCUAUCCAGCCCUGUGCCCCCCCGACUUUGAGAUAACCAUCUGA